AUGAAUACACCUAACACACACACAUAUACAAUGGAUGGUGUUGAAUCUCAGCAACAACAACAGCAGUUACAACUGCAACAACAAGCUCAAUCUCAAAAUAUUGUUUUAAUCUCACCAGCGGAAAGAGAAUCACUCGUACAAAAAUUAAUAGCUCGAUUUGGCGCAGAUAUAGCGACACGUAUAGAACUAGCUUCAUUUGAAAAAUCAAAAGGAAUCAAAAUUCAUUAUAUUAAAGCAGUUGAAAUUUAUUGUAGACAAGUAAUUAGUCGGCAACAACAAAAUGCAAAUAUCGCCAAUCAGACACAACAAAAUCAACAGUUAUCGCAGCACAGUCAACAAACUGCAUCAAUACAAAACGGACAGACAACGAUUAUUAAUAAUUCUCAUCCAUCAUCGGCAUCUUCCCAACAGAUAGACAUGAAUGUCUAUCAGAGAACUUUACAACAGCAACAACAACAAAAUCAACAACAAUUACAGCUGCAACAACAGCAAUUACAACAAAUACAACAGCAACAACAACAAGAAAUAUUAUACAAUGCACAGAAUUCUUCAAAUAAUUUCAACUCGUCGUUUUAUUUACAACAGCAGCAAGCACAAAAUCAAAUUCCUCCUUCUCAAACAACGUAUAUUCAACAAACUAUUGUUCCACAACAAUCUCAAAUAACUUCCCAACAACUAUCACAGUUAUUAAUGAGUAAUGAUGUACAAUUAAGUCAACAACAAGUUUUAAUGCCAACAACAUCGAAUAAUCAAAAUAAUCAAAAUCAAAUUCGAUUACAAAUUCCAAAUACUAAUAUGUUACCGGCUUCUAAUACUCAACAACAACAACAACAGCAACAACAACAACAGCAACAACAACAACAGCAGCAGCAACAACAGCAGCAGCAACAACAACAACAACAACAACAGAGACAAACUAUGCCUUCUCAGCAACAGAUUCAAACUGCUCAACGUCAACAACAAUUACGUUUACAAUUACAACAUCAACAGUUUCGUCAACAACAACAGUUGAAUCAAAAUCCACAGACCGUCCAGCGAACAAAUACGACACCGUCCAAUCUCAUUCAACAAUCAGAAAUUCAAGAUCCAAUAACUCAAGUACAAGUACAACAACAGCCAAACACAUCAUCCACUGAUCAACUAUUACAACGAUUACUUAGUAAUAAUAUAAUGAAAUCAACACAACCACAAAAUCAACUUCGAGAACAAUUACAAGGUCAACGAACACGCAACCAAUUGGUAUCCAUCUCUAGUGCAUCAACGCCUGGUCAAAUUAUAACUAUUAAUGACGUAAAUACACCCCCACCCGUAAUUCAACAACAACAGCAAUCAUCACCCUCCAUGCUCUUAACAAAUCAAUUGUUACCAUUAUCUGUGCAACAAUCUAUUCAAGCUGAUGUAUCAUCUCCAUCACAACAACAACAGCGUCUUAUUGCACCGCAUCAAAGUCCAUCGAAUACGCUAGGGGCAGUCAGUCAAAGUCCACUAUUAAAUUAUUCAUCACCAUCAAUGAGAACAGGAUUGUCAGCAUCGCCUAUAAAUACGAUUAAUAGUCCAAUAACGAUAGAUGAUGAUGUACAAACUUACUGCAAACAUUUAAAAGAUAGACUAGGAAAAAUAACUGCAUUAAUAGAAAAAUUUCAACAAGAAGGUCAAGCCGAAAAACUGAAAUAUGUUACAGUAAUUAACAAUCGUGUUUUGAAUUUUCUUAAAAAUCCAUCAACUGAAGCAUUAGCAAUAGCCAAAGACUUAAAAGAUGCUAUUGAUCGAUUUUCAGAUGUUCGUUCAAAUACUGGUAAUUCUAUAAUUAGUAAUGAUGGUCAAUCACGAUCAACCACAGUAACAACAGCACAAACUGUUUCUCAAACAUCCACCGUAUUUGAAGAAUGUUUUAAAUCUAUACAAGAUUUUCUUCCAAAGAAUCGUCAAGAAAGAAUUACUAUCGUUAAACGAUGUCUUGAACCAUUGGCCGAUGUUCUUAAUGGAAUACCACAUAAAAUAACACGAUUGGAUGAUGCAUGUGAAUAUACAUUUUCAACUUUGAAUACUAUUCGUUCUGCCGAAGAACAAGAAACAUAUGAAACAAUUAUUAGAAAAGAAUUAGUACAACUACCAGCGGGUAUUUAUCGAUGUCAAUUAAAACCAGUAUCAAAAUCUUGUCCGGAGCAUGGACUUCUAUUAAAAUGUUACUUAAUCGAAGAAGGCAUGCCCACUGUACCUCCAUUAGAAUUUAAAAUAUCAAAAAAUUAUCCGGUUUCUUGUCCAGAAAUAUUAUCAAUAGCCAAUACAUUUCCACCUAGAUUGGAAUAUUCAGGUGAGCAUUUUUAG